GUUCACUCGAACAGCCCAAGAUUCGCCCAGAGCUGCGCCAGCUGGCAAAGGUGGUUGAACCGGAAGCGACAGAGGUCUUGGAAUUUCUGAUCUCGCUUCCCCCCACACAGCCGUCUGGAAGUCACCUCCUUGGCCUCCGGCUGCACCAAGCGGAGGAGGUCGACGCGCUGCUGGUGGAGGAGGUACAUGAUGGAGGUCGCUGUGCCGAGAAGAAUAAACGAAUGGCCAACAAGCUUCGAAUAGCGGCAGAUCAAUUAUCUCCUGGCGAUUGGAUCUGCAUUGUGAACCAGCAUACGGAGAGGUCGAAAAUCUUCGAGGCACUCAAGAGUGGCGGCAAGCUGAUCAUGGUCUGCGUCCGCUUCCGGGUGCCGCCUGGAACGAAUGGAACAGCACAUACACCGGGACCUACCUCAUCACCUACCGCACCGCCUGAGAGCCCGGGAGGAAACCUGCCUGGCGUCCCUGCGACGCAUGUGCCUCAGCGCACGACGUUGCGCAUCUCUGUGCGACGCUGGGAUGAUCUAGAGAUGAGAGUUGAAGUGCCACAGGAUGCCACCGUUGAGCAGCUCCGCGAGAAGUUGGACGAAGCCAUGGGCGAUCAAGAAAGAUCCGCGUACCGCAUCAUGUUUAACGACGUCUCUUUGGUGGAUCCACAGCAAUCGCUGCAAGCGCAAGGGAUCAAGGAUUUGGCCAAGGUCAACGUUGUGAAGGAAGAUCCUCCUUUUACCGAAUACAGAUGGGUCGUGAUGGACUACGAUGCCCGGGAAGAGAUGCAAGGCUAUUUACCGUUGACCGAAGGCCAAGUGGUUCGAGUCUGCCCUGACAGUGAAGCCCCCAUUGAUCCCUCGACGAAAUGGAGAUGCACCUAUGUCUUUGGAUAUCCGCUGGAUGGUCCCAAGGACGAUGAUCAUGGCGGCUGGAUGCCCACUGAAGCGCUUGCGGCACAGAAAAAAAAACGCAGUGGAGAUGAAUCAGAG